GUUGUCAGCAUUGUAGAAUGAACGACGAGAUAAAUGAGACACGUGUGAUCUGUGGUUAUGCAAGUCAGCUGUUAUAUUACGUCCGUGUGGUUGGGAGAGAUCCUGUGUAGUGGGAAUUGUAUAAGCUAUGUCACGCUGCGUUAGGAUCGUCAGUGUGGACGUGGACUGGUACAAGAAAAGGGUUGCAGGCUGCUGGACGAAUUCUAGUUUCUACAGGUUAAAACAAGGAACAGUAGAGCUACGUGGACUACAGUAAUGAAUCAGAAUGGCUUGCCACAUUUUGCAUCAGGAAAAGUUGUCAAGGGUUUCGGAAGGGGCUCCAAAGAACUUGGAAUACCUACGGCCAACUUCGAUGAAGAAGUUGUGAACAGACUUCCAGAGAGCGUGGAAACCGGAGUGUACUUUGGCUGGGCGCAAGUCGACAAUGGACCUGUUCACAAAAUGGUCAUGAGCAUCGGCUGGAACCCAUUUUACAAGAACACCAAGAAGUCCAUGGAGACGCAUGUUCUUCACGAAUUUCAAGAAGACUUUUACGGUGCUACCCUCAAAGUCUUCAUUGUGGGACGCAUCAGGCCUGAAAUGAACUUCAGUUCUGUUGACGAACUGAUUGCCAUGAUCAAGAACGACAUUGCGGUGGCAGAAGAGGAGUUGGAGAAAAUCGAACUGCAGGCGUACAGAAACAGCCCUCAGUUCUCGUCGGACGGCUAGAGGCUGGUCUGCCUGUAUCUGUACUCCUGCCUAAGAAGUGAUUAACGACAGCAACGGGACCCCUACUGCUGUUGAUAGUGCUACGUAUGGUGGAGAACUCACGUAUGCUGAUACAAGUGAAGUCAUGAUUCAAAAUGGCUCUCUUUUUAAUGUUGAUAUUCAUGUAGUACCAUUCCCAUGCUCAUUUAUAUUUAUGUUGCCAUUAUAAAGUUAAGGUUUUAUAAAAUCUGAUUUUAUCACUUAAGUAUACAUGAUGUGUACCCCCUUAUCUGGUAAAAAAUUAAGAGUUUUUAUAAGUUUUUAAUUCAUCACCAUCACCAUUACCAAGAGGUAUAAAACUGUUUAUGAGAUCA